AUGUAUUGUUCGGAGCAAAUUGUUAUUCCAGAAAAAAUCUCAAAUUUAUUGAAAACAUAUGCGAAAGCUGCACUUAAAACUCAACCUUAUGAUUUAUUGCGUUGGUCAGCUGCAUAUUUUAGAUGUCUCUCUUUAGAUGUUUUACCGCCGGUUAAACCACGUUACGAGCAUGAAAAUGUAUUUGGAUGUUUGACAAAAGGUUACUUAAAGGUUCUCUUAAGUCAGGUUGGAAAAGGCUUUUUCAUUCGACGAGAUGUUCUCGAGCAUCGUUGGAGCGGAUUAUGCUUGCCAGAGGAUGAAUUACUUAAAUUUUUGUCCGUUACGAGAAUGCUUUACUGGCCUCAGGUUCAUUGGCUAAAACUGUUGGCGGUGAUGGUUGGAUCCAUUAAUCAAAGUUUUAAGGAAACAGUGAACAUGCUUUGUGAACUUUUAACUGAUGAGCCUGAGGGCGGGUCUUCACCAAUUCCUUUAUGGAUUUUUCGUGAAUGUUUCAAAUAUCUUGCUGAGCUUGAUUGUAGCGCUGAACAAACCUUUUUCGACGGUAGAAAAGUUUUAUCCGACGGCAUUUUGGAAAACGAGAUGAGAAUGCCAAACAUUCCAAAAAAGCUUUCAGCAGUUUCAUUCAAAAAUGCAAUAAUCGAUUACUGGAAAUUCAAUGGCGAGGGAGUUGAGAAGGUGAAAUUAAAUUUCUUCAUGAUUCUAUAUAAUUUUUAUGACGCCAGCAAAAGUAAAAAACAACAACAUAGAAAAGAAGAAGAUUCCCAAUUGUAG